AAACAAAGAAAAUAAAAAUGAAAAUACACUUUGUUUUGUUUGCAGAGCUUCAAAAUGUAGAUUAAAUAUUAUCCAACAGUUAUUGAGGUGGUGCUUGACGACACCUCGCGUUAAGGCGCAGUCAGCCGGACAUUUUAAGGCGAAACCAGUAACAAUAAAGGGCUAAAACUAAACUCCACCAGUGAGAGUUAAUUUCAAACCAUCACACAAAACUCUACUUGUUUUUACUUCACCUCAAAUCAGAAAGUUAAGACUUCAACAAGAGAAUAAAAUGUUCAUCGACGAUGAAGCAUUUCUUAGAGCUAAAAGCUAAAUGGAUUCACUGAUCUGCAACAAAUGCUCCGCUAGCGUCUUCGGCUUCUGCUUGAACUCCUCCAACGUGACCUGCACCGGGAACGACACCGUCUGCUACACCGGGAAAGCGACUUUUCCUUCCAUCACGAGUUUCAACGGCUUCAGCAACCAGGGCUGCAGGGUGAACGACGCUAGCUGCAACAAAACGACGACAUCGUCUUUGCUGGGCGUCUCCUACAACACUGAGAUCACCUGCUGCAGCACGGACCGGUGCAACCCCGUCACGCUGAGCGGCGCCACGACCACCAAGAUGACCUUCAGCGCCGCCAUCACCGGCGCCGUCCUGGCCUCCUUCCUGGGAAGCAUGUUGUAAUCAGAUUACACCAUGUUGUAAUCAGAUUACACCACGCUACCGGCUACAUGUAGCUUCCCAAGCUAAAUCCCUGUCCAAUGUAAAUCUAUAAGCAAUAAACCCACU